UUUGACAAACAUUCUUUAUGUGGCUCGUCGUCUGGAUGGGAAAGGCAGGGGUGAUCUCAGGGAGGCCAAUACUUUAAGAAAGAAAAGGGGGCACAAUCCAAAGAUCCUCUUAUGGAAACCGGCCCAGCCAGAUGGAGACAAGGGGAAGGACUGCUUAAAUACGAGGUCUUUUGAAAGCGACAACUGUUUGCUGCACUGAAGAAAAGCACAAACAGGAUUCAGAAAAAGGGAGUGAAAAUCUGGACUCUGAGGGUGUCACGCUUUUGGUUGAGAGGCUCGUCGUUAAUAAAGGUGGGCGACCAGUCACAAGGACGCCUGUGGAGACUCAGUCAUGAAAGGUGAACUGUUCAUGCUUUCAAGCAUGAUUGUCCUACUGCAGGUGGCCCACGGCUGCCCAGACAAGUGCCGCUGUCACUCGUCUACACAUUUUGUAGACUGCAGCCAGCAGGGUCUGGCUGAAAUCCCUUCUGAUUUACCUGCUCAGACUCGAACACUGCACUUACAAGACAACCAGAUACACCAGCUUCCUGCAUUUGCAUUUAGGUCAGUGCCAUGGCUCAUGACCUUAAACUUGUCCAACAAUUCCCUUUCAAAUCUGGCCCCCCAAGCUUUCAACGGACUUCAGCGCUUGCAGGUUUUAAAUUUAACCCAGAAUUCUUUGCUUUCCCUGGAAAGCAGACUUUUCCAUUCCCUCCCCCAGCUGAGGGAGCUUGAUUUGUCAUCAAACAACAUAAGCCACCUUCCCACACCCCUGGCUGGGCCUUGGGAGAACCUAACCGUAUUUGCAGUUCAACACAACCAGCUUCAGCAGCUUGAUGGCGCACUCCUAGAAUCCAUGCCCAGUGUGAGGUUUUUACUUCUCAAGGGCAAUCUCUGGAAAUGCAAUUGCCACUUGCUCAGUCUUAAACUCUGGCUGGAGAAAUUUAUCUAUAAAGGAGGAAUAACAGAUGGCGUCAUCUGUAGGUCACCAGACACAUGGAAGGGAAAGGACCUCCUCAAAAUCCCUCAUGAGCUCUACCAGCCCUGCCCUCCUUCGGCUCCUGAUCUGGGGUCCUCGCAGACUCAGCAGCCCAGUUCUGCCCAUGGGGCAGCCCUGAAGCCCCAUGAGAACCACAGCUCAGGGGAACGAGACCUCUCAGAGUGUGAGUUCAAACCCAAGCCAAGGCCGGCCAACCUGCGUCAUGCUGUUGCCACCGUCAUCAUCACUGGGGUUGUGUGUGGGGUCCUGUGUCUCAUGAUGUUGGUCGCUGCAAUCUACGGCUGCACCUAUGCAGCAAUUAUAGCCCAAUACCACCGGGGACACUUGGCUCAAACCAAUGAGCCUGGAAAGACAGAAGGAAAAGAGCUAUUUGGCAGUGCACCAGCCUGACAGCUUUCCCCCAAAUACCAUAGAUCACUGUAGGCCAGAAAAAGUGUCUGAGUAGGGCUGAUGUGAUUGCUGUGUCUGUCUCAUUUUAAUUUUUUCCAAAGAAAAAAAGGCAUAUCUAUAAAAAAAAUAUUUCUGGGAAUAAAUUUAUGUUGUGAUUUUUAAGG